CUCCCGGCUGGAAACGCAGAGCCAGCGGUACAUCACUGCACGGUAGGACGCCGCUGAGAAAGCGCCGCUGAGAAGGCGGUCCACAGAGGAUCAACAAUUCUUUGAACAUGGACAACAUAAGUCACCCAUUCCUACCAAGCACUACUCCAGACCCUAAUUAUCAAAGCCCUAUGAAAAAUCACUUUUCCACAGCCUUUAGUGCCCUCAUCCUCAGCUUGGUCUUCCUUUUGGGUGUCCCUGGAAAUCUCUUUAUUGUCUGGAGCAUCCUGGCCCGCACCCGGCGGCGCUCAGUCACCACCCUCCUCAUCCUCAACCUGGCAUGUGCUGAUGCAUUCCUCAUGGCCCUCACCAUCUUUAUCAUCAUCUACCUGGUCAUGAAGACAUGGAUCUUUGGUAACACCAUGUGCAAAAUCCUGUUCUACCUGGUCAACUCCAACAUGUACGCAUCAGUCUUUCUGAUAACACUGAUGAGCGUGCACAGGCUGGUGGCUGUGGUGUUUCCACACACACUGUUCCACUUGAUCACCAGGAAGGUUGUGAGGAGGGUGAUCAUGGGCAUGUGGGUGCUGGUGAUGGUCAUGUCCAUCCCCUCACUGGUGUUUCGAAACGUGAAAGAAGAAACUGAUGAUAUGAACAAUAAAAGAAACGUGUGUGCGCCCCAUCACACCCUGCCUAAACAUGUGGUGUUUCAGUAUGCCUUUGAGACAGUGGCAGGAUUCAUUAUUCCUUACGCAAUCAUUAUAAUCUGCUAUGUUCUCAUCCUGAAACACCUGAGGGAGACCAAAUUCCAACGAAAGGUUCGGAGCGAGAAACUCAUCCUGGCUGUCGUCAUCACCUUCGGCCUGUUCUGGCUGCCGUACCAUAUCAUCAACAUGAUGCAGGUGGCAGCUAAGUGGUGCCCAAAGGACUUGCCCAUAAGAAAAACACUGCAUGAUAUCUCUGACAACAGCCGUGCAGUGACCUCAUCUCUGGCCUUAAUCAGCAGCUGUGCCAACCCGAUCCUCUACACCUUUGCUGGGAAAUCCUACAUCAGAAAGAACGGCUUUGCCUUCAUGGCCAAGGUGUUUGAGGGAACAUAUUCAGAGCAAACAGGAAUCAAGAAUAGCCGGUCCACAACUAGAGAUGAACUGGGAAAAAAUAAAGCUGAUUUCACCAACCACCCACUGGCAUCUAUGCCACAAAAUGCAGACUGUGUACAUAACUGAGAGCAUUUAAAAUUGUGUAAAGC